CGUCCGACAUAUGUCGAUGACCGCCGAACGUUUCCGAUCCCGCCAGCUGUCUGCACGCGCCCGAAGUCGUGAUUUUGACAGCGAUCUGACAUAUUUUGACGUUUUACUCAUGAAUUAGGGAUCGCGGAAUAAAUCGACACGCAGAAUGAUGUCCGAGAGAGAUUACGCGCCCCUAAGUGCGGCGUGUGUGCGUUCUCUCAAUGACAAAUUGUACGAGAAACGGAAGCCAGCCGCGGUUGAAAUCGAAAAGAUGGUGAAGGAAUUCGCCGCUCACAACAACACCGUGCAGAUCAAGAGGUUGCUAAAGGUACUCGGCCAAGACUUCGCAACCUCGCAGAAUCCACACACGCGCAAAGGCGGUCUGAUAGGCCUGGCGGCGAUUGCCGUCGGCCUCGGCAAGGACACCGGCCAGUACAUAGAGGAUUUGAUCCACCCGAUCCUGGCGUGUUUCUGCGACGCUGACUUGAGAGUCCGUUAUUAUGCCUGUGAGAGUCUGUACAAUGUUGUCAAAGUAGCCAGAGGCGCGGUGUUGCCCCAGUUCACGGAUAUCUUCGGCGCUCUGAGCAAACUCGCCUGCGACUCCGAACAGAAUAUAAAGAAUGCCACCGAAUUGCUCGACAGGCUGAUGAAGGAUAUCGUGACAGAGAGUGGUCUCUUCGAUUUAGUCGGAUUCAUGCCGCUGUUGCGUGAACGCAUCUAUACGAAGAAUCCCUUCGGUCGUCAGUUCGUGAUAGCGUGGGUGUCUGUGCUGGCGGCGGUGCCCAACAUGGACUUCAUAUUGUUCUUGCCGGAGAUACUCGACGGAUUGUUCAGGAUACUGGAGGAUCCGACGCCGGAGAUCAAGAAGAUCACGGACACGGUGCUCGGUGAAUUUUUGCGUAGCAUAAAGUCAAAUCCCGCGAGAGUGGACUUCCCGGCCAUGAUAAAUAUACUGAUCAUGCACGCUCAGAGUACGGACGAGCUGCUUCAGUUGACGGCGAUUACCUGGAUAAAGGAAUUUGUCCAGCUGUCCGGGCCCCUUAUGCUACCGUAUAUGUCCGGCAUUCUUCUGGCCGUUUUGCCGUGCUUGGCUUACGACGGUGACACGCGAAAGAGUAUCAAGGAAACUGCGACACAAGUGAACGCGAAUCUAAUGAAAUUGAUAAUCAUGGAAAACACGGAAGUCACGAAGGACAGCAAAAAAGAGACCAACGAUGUACAUUCUACAACAAAGGAGAAGGAAGAUGCGAGCUGUCCUUUAGCCGAGAGCUUAAAUCUCGCCAGUGUCGUAGAAGUACUUACAAAACACUUGUUGUACAUAUCUGUCCAGACUAAAGUCGCUGUUUUAAAGUGGAUACAUCAUCUAUUUAUAAACAUUCCACACAAGAUGUUCCAUCACAUAGAGGACUUGUUUCCGAUAUUGAUGAAAUCCUUGAGCGACGCCUCCGACGAGGUGGUGCAGCAAACUCUAGUCGUAAUGGCCGAAAUUAUCAGCUCGAAGUCUCCGGAGGCUGCGACCAGCGAACCCAACGCGAAGAUGCAGAAUAAAUACUUCACAAAGUUCAUAGUGAAUUUACUGAGGCUCUUCUCGACCGACAGACAUUUAUUGGAGGAACGAGGUGCUUUUAUUAUAAGAGAAUUGUGUGUGCUCCUGAGUGCGGAAGAUAUAUACAGAACUCUGGCUAAGAUACUAUUGGAGGAGCAAAAUUUAAGCUUCGCGUGUACGAUGAUACAGACUCUGAACGUGAUCCUGCUAACCAGUUCCGAGCUCUUCGAUCUGCGCAACAAGCUCAGGCACUUGGAUUCUCCAGACAGUUGCGCGUUGUUCGAAUGCCUGUACGUGUCCUGGUGUCACAACCCAGUUGCGACAGUGGCCCUGUGUCUCUUGUCUCAGCAUUACCGACAUGCGUGCAACAUCAUUCGCUCUUUCGAGAAUAUCGAGGUCACAGUGGAAUUCCUCACCGAAAUAGAUAAGUUGGUGCAGCUAAUAGAAUCGCCGAUAUUUACUUACCUGAGACUGCAGCUCUUGGAAUGGGAGGAGAAUGACGCCCUGAUAUACGCGCUAUACGGCUUGCUGAUGAUAUUGCCGCAGAGCGAAGCGUACAGUACUCUGCAGCGUCGUUUAGCGGCGAUACCGCCAGCCACGAAGCCACCGAAACCAUCAAAAACCGAACAAUCGCAACAGAAGGCAACGGAUGUCCAUUGCAAGUUCGACUUCGGCAAACUGUUAAAACACUUCCACGUGGUUCAAGAACAGCACAAAGAACAGAAGCGCAAGCAAAGGUUCAAUGCUUUGGUGGAGAGAAACACUCAUAUAGACGCGUAAAUCACGCAAUGAAACUGCGCGUA